AUGCCUGGGAAAUCGAACCUAGUUGACUUGGAGAAAGAGAUCGCGGAUCUCGAGUAUCGUCUACACAAUGCUAGAACCCGUCUAGCCCUAACCUCCGAGCCAGGGGAAAGUGGCGAAUCGUCCGCCUACUUGCCUCUCCCUGCCGAUGCCGUACCACUCGUCCCAACGCACGCGCUGUUGCUGCUAUCCGAUUCGGCCCUUCCGCUGGGCUCCUUCGCCUACUCCAGCGGUCUGGAAUCGUAUCUCGCUCACAACAAGCCGCUCCCUCGGUCGAUCACACCGCUCGCAUCCUUCCACCGCUUUUUGAAACUCUCCAUGGCCUCCAUGGCAAGCACCUCGCUACCUUACGUCCUCGCCGGCUUCCGAACCCCGCAGGAGCUAGAAACUCUCGACAACGACCUCGACGCAUCGACUCCUUGCGUGGUGGCGCAGCGUGCAAGCGUCGCCCAGGGUCGCGCACUGAUUGGUGUCUGGGAGCGCGCCUUUCGCGGCACGUACGCCUCGGGGCCGUUUCUCGCGGGGCCGACGGCCACGCAAGCGGUGAAGACCGUCGAGGCGUUCGCGGACGCACUGAAGUCGUCGCUCGGGGACGCGAAUGAACUAGGUCCCAAGGGUCAUUUGGCGCCGCUCUGGGGCGUCGUCUGUCUGGCCAUGGGCAUGGACGCGCACCAGACGGCUUAUGUGUUCAUGUUGAAUCACGCCAAGGCAGUUCUCAGCGCCGCAGUCCGGGCGUCGGUGAUGGGCCCGUACCAGGCGCAGAAUGUUCUAGCGAGCAAGCACCUGCAGGACAUGAUCGCAGACCGCAUCGACCGGGAAUGGGACACACCGGUCGAGGACGCGGGGCAGGUGGUGCCUCCGCUAGAUCUAUGGUUCUAUACCAACAUGUUGGUUGCUGCAAAGGAACAAUAA